UUAUGGUUUUGGUUGGCUCGUCAGUUCGUCGGCAGCGUUCGAAAGAGUCGGUUGGCUGCGUUUUGGCGGUAGUGGUUGUGCGCACAGAUCACCAUGAUGCACAAAUUGAAAUAUCGCGAUAAAGUAAAAUGGCUGUUAGCUCUUCUCGUGCUGAUCGGCACUUGCUUUACUCCGACAAGUGGACAGACAAGAGAUCCCAGAUUUUAUUCCCGUCCAGGCGUUGACUACCAUUGGCCAAAUCCCGGCGAUCCGGAUUACAGAACCUACACGUUCAACGAUCGCCGAUAUGGUCAUUAUCAGCCAAAUGGGUAUGGAGCCAACUAUCCAGGCAGAAAUCCACCGGGACAGUAUCCACAGGGAAUGCCGAAUGAGGAUCGCUUUCGAUUUGAUCCGAACGAUCCGAAUGCUCGGACGCAGUUUCCCGGAGUGCUGGCCGGAUGGCGAGAGGAUUUACAGGGCAAGCAGCGCCGGGAUUCGUUGACCCUGGAGCGGGAUGUAUUCGUGACCACCAACUAUGGCCAGGUGCAGGGCUUCAAGGUGUACAUGUACGACAAUCCAGACCCGAAGUCCUUCUAUCGUCCCUACCACUCGACCGUGGAUCGUGUGAUGGGCGAGUGCUCGGUGUUCCUGGGCAUCCCCUACGCCCUGCCGCCCACCUUCGAGGGCAGGUUCAAGCCACCACGCGUCCAUCGAGGCUGGCAGCUGCUCCAGGCCGUCGACUUUGGACCCGCCUGUCCACAGCCUGUGCGGUAUACGGGUGCCACGAAGGGAAUCAUGGACAUGGACGAGGAUUGCCUCUACUUGAACGUGUAUUCGCCGAAGACUGGUGCUGGUGUGGCUCAAAAAUACCCCGUAAUGGUGUACAUCCAUGGCGGCGAGUUCAUCCGUGGAGCCUCCAACCUUUUCCAGGGUCAUAUUCUGGCCUCGUUCUACGACGUGGUCGUGGUGACCCUGAAUUACCGCCUUGGUGCCCUGGGAUUCCUAUCGACGGGUGAUGAGAACUCGCCCGGAAACUACGGAAUACUCGACCAAGCGAUGGCGCUGCGUUGGGUCCACGACAAUAUUGAGUUCUUCAACGGCGAUCGGAACUCCAUCACUCUAUUUGGUCCGGGAGCGGGUGGCGCCUCCGCUGGACUCCUGAUGGUGGCACCACAGACGCGGAACAUAGUGCGUCGUGUGAUCGCACAGUCCGGCUCAGCUCUAGCGGAUUGGGCGCUGAUCCAGGACAAGUAUCGCGCCCAGAACACGAGUCGCGUGCUGGGACAACUGCUGGGCUGCUCCAUCGAAUCGUCGUGGAAGUUGGUCAACUGCCUGCGCACCGGGCGCAGCUUCUAUGAGCUGGGAAACGCUGAGUUCUCUCCCCAGGUGGGCAGCUUUCCAUGGGGCCCAGUUUUGGACCACAACUUCACGUUGCCCGGCGACGAUUGGUACGAGGGCUGGCGCGAAAAGGACUGGCGUUUCCUCACCCAAACACCGGAAACCCUCAUCCGGGCCGGAAAAUUCAACCGGAAUAUUCAGUACAUGACGGGCGUGACCACACAGGAAGCGGCCUUUUUUGUGGCCCAAAACGAAUCCUUAAGUCCGUACUAUGAACUAGAUGGACGCUUCUUCGAUCAGAAGAUAAGGGAACACGUUUUCCGCUACAACUAUACACUUAAUCCGAACGGAGUUUAUGAGGCCAUUAAGUACAUGUACACCUUCUGGCCGGAUCCCAAUAAUAACACCAUAAUCCGGGAUCAGUACAUAAACAUGCUGAGUGAUCUCUACUACCGGGCACCGGUGGAUCAGAUGGUCAAGCUGAUGCUGGAGCAGAAGGUACCGGUCUAUAUGUACGUACUGAACACCACUGUGGAGGCACUGAAUCUGCCACAGUGGCGAAAGUAUCCACACGACACCGAGCGUUAUUUCCUCACCGGAGCUCCCUUCAUGGACACCGAGUUCUUUCCCAAAAAGGAGCACCUGCAGCGCAACAUGUGGACGGAUAACGAUCGCAAUAUGAGUCACUUCUUCAUGCAAACCUACUCGAAUUUUGCUAGAUAUGGCAAUCCGACGCCGCAGCAGGUGCUAGGCAUGCAUUUCCAGCGCGCCUACCAGGGCGAGAUUCGGUACUUGAACAUCAAUACCACGUACAACUCCUCCAUUCUGCUCAACUAUCGGCAGACGGAGUGCGCCUUCUGGACGCAGUACUUGCCCACAGUUAUCGGUGUGCUGGUGCCCACCUAUCCACCCACCACGGAGUACUGGUGGGAGCCCAAGGAGCCGCUGCAGAUCGCCUUCUGGAGCAUGUCAGUGGCCUGUUUCUUCCUCAUAGUCCUGGUGGUCAUCUGCUGCAUCAUGUGGCGCAAUGCCAAGCGCCAAUCGGAUCGCUUCUAUGACGAAGAUGUCUUCAUCAAUGGCGAAGGCUUGGAACCGGAACCGGAUGCGCGUGGUGUGGACAAUGCCCACAUGGUGACCAACCACCAUGCCCUGCGCUCCAGGGAUAAUAUCUACGAGUACCGCGACUCUCCAUCCACCAAAACAUUGGCCAGCAAAGCGCACACGGACACCACCUCGUUGCGCUCACCCAGUUCGCUGGCCAUGACCCAAAAGUCCAGCAGCCAGGCGUCCCUCAAAUCAGGCAUCUCGCUCAAGGAAACCAAUGGCCAUUUGGUGAAACAAUCUGAAAGGGCAGCCACGCCACGAUCGCAACAAAAUGGCUCCACCGCAAAGGUGGCGUCUCCUCCUGUGGAGGAGAAGCGUCUACUGCAGCCACUUUCCAGCACGCCCGUGACGCAACUGCAUGCGGAGCCGGCUAAAAGAGUUCCCACCGCCGCCAGUGUCUCGGGCAGCAGUCGGAGCACCACUCCGGUGCCCUCUGCCCGCAGCACCACCAUGCACACCACAACGGCCACCCUGAGUUCCCAGCCAGCGGCUCAGCCGAGGAGAACCCACAUGGUGGAGGGAGUGCCUCAGACAUCCGUAUAAGUAACAGCUCUCUAAGCGCAGGAAGCGCUUAGGGAGUCAGCCGAAUCGUCCAAUUACAGAUCCAAUCAACAAUCCAGGAGGAAGUAUGCUAGUUUCUCCUGGAAUUUUAUUUAAAGUAAGUUAGUUAUUUCCGAAAAAAAUAGUUUAAGUUUUGUAUUUAUGAUAGGUUUGUAAACAGAUCUUUAAGAUCUCAGUUUUGAGUUUUAGUUUUGGCAAACCUGUAUUUCUAAUGCCUUUAAGUUAAUUUAAGUUAACUUGUUCUUAAGUUUGAUAACCCAACGAAUACAAAUCCAUAUCAAUGACAUUCCAUAGCCUUAUAAUCGGCCUUCACGUGUAUAUAUAGAAUUUAAAUGUAUACUAAGAGUUAUUUAAAUCUAGGAAAUGUUCUGCCUUAACUGAAGGGAAUUAGCUAAAUAAUGCAAGUAUUUUAAUAACCAAUGCUGAGUCUAACUUUUUAAAACUCCCUUUUAGUGGCAGUAAUAUCGAAUGAAAUUGUAAAGAGAGUAUAUCUUUAAAAUCAAAUAUAGAAAACGAAUAAAUUAACGUUAUCCAAAAUAAUGCAUUACAUUA